AUGGGGAAAUAUGUGCUUGAAGUAUACGACGUUCUUGAAGUAAUUGUUAAGGAGUACAUGGAGAGGAAAAGAAAUGAUCAAACAGGAAACCCUUCGCUGAUUUCGAUACUGAUAGAACAUUUUACAGCCAUUUUCUGGAGCCUAAAACUGCACUUGAAGUUCCAUCGUGAUGCUACUGCAACAUCAGAAGAUGAUGCCGAAGCAGAUAAGAAGCUCAAGGACAUGGCCAGAUGGGAAUUAGUCUGCUUGACUACCGAUGACAUGAAUGAAGACCCAGACGAAAAGAAUAUUAUUGACCCUGGGAGUAAAAUCUUGGAAAUCGUCAGUGUCAUAACACGCAGUAAAGACCUUCCAGAAGGCAGUAAAGCCCAUGCCAAUGAAGUAAUGGCACAAGUAACGGCUCUUUUUCGUAGCUUUAAUUCGCUCAACGUAUUUAAACCGGAGGCUUUAGCAGUGGUUUCACAUAACAACAAGAGCUUCGUUGGCGCGUCGAUAGCAGUAAGUAAUUUCCUACGGCCUCUCUAUUUGCACAAAAGAAUUGCUGAUUUCAAAAACCCGCGUCUCAGAGAGGCAAUCAUUUUCCAUCAGCCUUUAAAUACAAAAGAUACGCAAGAUUGGACAUCGGAAGCAAUAAAUAUCAUGGGCGCCUACAAACCUGCAUGUACAAAUUGCCGAAGAACUUUUGAAAGGUUAAAUGGCUUCGUACCUGAGACAGAGCCGGUAGAUGGCAAAAAUCGCACAUUCCUCGGGGUAUGUGCCGAGUUCUGUCCUGUUGACAAACUUCUUCACGAUGAGACAAAUGCAAGUGAUGUUCAAGAAAUAGGUAAUCGUCUUCAGAGGAAUUUAGAGCGAUGUUUAACAUACUUUACGAAAUUUAAUGCAAUUAGUAAACAGUGCCAAGAUGCUGAGGAUUCUAAAGACAUCCAAAAAAUAAGAGAGGUAUACACCCAAAUGCAUCCUACAGUUCACAUUUUUGGUCGAAUACCAGACUGUAACGACAGGUUUUAG